AUGAAGCUUAUCGCAACCCUUGCGCUAGGCGCAACAGUUUCCACGGCCGUAUUGGGGGCUGUGCUACCGCAGCAAGAACCAUUAACAGAACACAGCGUUCACCACGGGCAAGAACGUUAUUUGAUCGAACUUGCUCCUUAUCAGACAAGAUGGGUGACAGAGGAAGAGAAAUGGGCUCUAAAACUGGAUGGCGUGAACUUCAUCGAUAUCACCGCUGAGCGAAACACUGGCUUCUACCCUACACUGAACGCCGGCAGCUAUGUCCACUACCCGGUCCAGAUGGAACACUCGGAGGAGGUCGCCCCACUCCUCCGCAAUCUAUCCAAGGAUAACAUGGAGAAGAAUCUGGAGCAUUUCACUUCCUUCCAUACUCGUUACUAUCGGUCAGCAACCGGCGUCGAGUCAGCGACGUGGCUUUACGAGCGGGUCCUUGAUGUGAUCAAGGAGUCGGGCGCCUCAAAGCAUGGCGCGACCGUGGAACAAUUUUCCCACCCCUGGGGUCAAUUCAGUAUCAUCGCCCGGGUUCCAGGGCAGACAAACAACACUGUUGUGCUGGGUGCUCACCAGGACAGCAUCAAUCUGUUCCUCCCGUCGAUUCUGGCGGCGCCUGGUGCGGAUGAUGAUGGAAGUGGUACCGUUACUAUUCUUGAAGGCUUGCGGGGUCUGCUGCAGUCAGACACCGUUGCCAAGGGUAAAGCCCCGAACACAGUUGAGUUCCACUGGUACUCGGCGGAGGAAGGUGGUAUGCUGGGCUCCCAGGCUGUUUUCUCUCAGUACAAGAAAGAUAAGCGGGAUAUCAAGGCCAUGCUCCAGCAAGAUAUGACCGGAUACAUCCAAGGGUCGUCUGAUGCGGGUCGCAAAGAAGCCGUCGGAAUCAUGGUCGACUAUGUCGAUCGGGGGCUGACACAGUUCCUGAAGGACGUCAUUAAAGAGUACUGCAAAAUAGGACACAUCGAGACUAAGUGCGGCUAUGCUUGCUCUGACCACACAUCAGCGAGCAAGUACGGGUACCCAUCUGCAAUGGCCACCGAAUCUGAGAUGGAGAACAGCAACAAGAAGAUUCACACAACCGAUGAUCGAGUCAAAUAUCUGAGUUUCGAUCACAUGCUGGAGCAUGCGAAAUGGUAUCCAUAUUCACCUGUUGGCAGAGAUACUCACUCCCUCGAAACGCACACUACACGCUACCUUACCAUGGACUCCUCCAUCCCCUACUCGAAAGAAUUGCAAUUGGCCUGUCUGACGGUGCAGAGAGCUACGUUAGCGACCAAAAAGCUACUCGAGGCUGUCGAUAAAGGGUCGUUCGACAAGAGUGAUUCUACCCCUGUCACCAUCGCCGACUUUGCUGCCCAAGCAUUGAUCAUUGCCGCUAUUCAUCAUGCCUUCCCUGAUGACGUGUUUGUUGGUGAGGAAAGCGCGACUGCCCUGCGAUCCGACCCGGCUCUGCUCGAGCGAACGUGGGAGCUGGUCGCUUCUACUCGAUUGACAGACGAGGAAAGCGAUGCGCAGCUCUAUACUCCAAAGACAAAGGAGGAAAUGUUGGAGAUCAUCGACUUGGGGGCCCAGGGUACAUGCGGCUCGCAGAAUCGUGCCUGGGUGUUGGAUCCAGUGGACGGGACGGCGACCUUCAUUCAAGGUCAGCAGUACGCCGUCUGCCUGUGUCUCUUGGAGAAUGGACGCCAGAAAGUUGGUGUUCUGGGCUGCCCAAACAUGAAUCUGGAGAAGGGAUAUAUCCACGAGGAGAUAGUAGAUCGAGAAGGUUAUGGGCAUCAGGUAUUUGCCGUUGCUGGUCACGGCGCAUACAUGAGAAAGAUGGAUACGGGCGCUCUCCUGCCUGCCCACAAGCUCGAGCCUAAACCUACCAUCACAGACCCCAAGGACCUUGUCUUCGUCGAUUGUGCGGGUGGAUCAUCGGAUAUCAACGUACAUGCCCGCCUUGCAUCUCAGCUGGGCGCCCCUUGGCCGCCUAAGACAGAUCUCUGGGCUACGCAGUUGCGGUACAUCGCGGUUGCGGUUGGAGGAUGCAAUGCCUCCAUGAAGAUUCCACGCAAGGCUUCUUAUCGAUCGAAGAUCUGGGACCAUGCGGGCGGGAUGUUGAUUGUCGAGGAGGUUGGCUGCAUUGUUAGCGACCUUGCUGGUCGUCCGGUUGACUGCAGCCUGGGGCGUACUUUGGCGGGAUGUCACGGGAUGAUUGUUGCGCCGUCGUCAAUCCACCAACGGUUUGUGGACGCUGUGCAACAGAUCAUGUAA